GAUCGAUAUGGGUUCAAGAAGUCGAAUCAGUACAUCUCGAAGGCCGAAUACGAUGCAUGGAAUACAAAUUACACACAAUACAUCGAACGACGGCGUAAGAAGUGGUAUGCGCUCAUGAGAGCAUACGGGCUGAUGACCGACGAUCCAAUCCGAUUUCCUCCUAAGAGUGAGAAGGUCAAGCGGUAUGUUCGAAAAGGCAUCCCUCCUGAGUGGCGAGGAGCAGCCUGGUUCUGGUAUGCCGGAGGUCCCGGCCGACUGGCUCGAAUGCAAGGCGUGUAUUGGGAAUUGGUUCGACGAUGCGAGAAACCCGAAGAUGAGGGCGGACUCAAUGAUGCCGACCGCGAACAUAUCGAACGCGACCUACACCGAACCUUCCCCGACAACAUCAGCUUUAAGCCCGAUCCUCCCACCACACCCCUUUCAUCUCCCGAGUCGUCUCCCGAGUCAUGGCCUGAUCCUCCGGACCCUCCAAUCCUCAAUUCCCUCCGACGCGUUCUCCGCGCCUUCGCCCUGCACAACCCGCAAAUCGGUUAUUGCCAAUCCCUCAAUUUCAUCGCCGGGCUUCUCCUACUCUUCCUCAAAUCUGACGAAGAAAAGGCGUUUAUCCUCCUCGACGUCAUUACAUCCGUCCACCUCCCAGGCACCCACGCCCGCGUCCUCGAAGCCAACGUCGACAUCGGCGUGCUCAUGGACCUCCUCCGCGAACAUCUCCCCGCUGUCUGGAACAGAAUCGACGACGGCGACCCCGCCGAUCUCAAUCCCGCUCCCGGUAAGCGGGGAGCGCCGGGACUCGGCCCCGCCCAGCCUCGACUUCCCACCGUCUCGCUCGCCACCACCCCGUGGUUCAUGUCGCUCUUCAUCGGCACCUUGCCCAUCGAGUCUACGCUCCGAGUCUGGGAUAGCCUCUUCUAUGAAGGCAGCAAGACGCUCUUCCGCGUGUCCCUCGCCAUCUUCAAGCUCGGGGAGCCGUCCAUCCGCGCCAUCGAGGACCCCAUGGAAGUGUUCCAGGUCGUGCAGACGCUGCCGCGGAAAAUGCUCGACGUGAACAUGCUGAUGGAGGCGUGCUGGAAGCGGAAGGGGUUCGGAAGCGUGAACCAAGAGCUCAUCGACGAGCGACGA